AUGGCGGUAUGUCUCGUACUCCGAGCCGUGAGGAGGCUCAGUAAAGCCAAGGCCUAUCCACUGGCCGUUCAACUCGUCUCGGCAGGCUGUAGACGGCAAUUCUCUUCAUCAGCUCUUAGCCAAGGUUUGAUAUCAGCCAGCAACGGUGACAGAAGUACAACACAAGCAGUGGACGCGUGGUCCGGUCAGCGCGUCGUCCUCGUGGCUGUCGCUGCAGCAUUGACUGGCUGGGGCCUCGCAACGGCGUACUCUGAAAGACAGCCGAACAGCCAGUUAUCGAUAAAAUAUGCCACGCUGCCUGAGAUGGAACAGGCCAUUGAGAAAAUUCGCCGCGAUAUCCCAGAAGCGGACGUUAUCUCGAUCGAUCCCGAAGACCUGCAAGCACACGGCUACUCGGAGUGGUCGACGUGCAACCCCGAGAGCCUACCGGUGGCGGUGGCAUAUCCACGGUCGACAGAGCAGGUGGCGCUGAUCGUACGCGUAUGCUUCCAGCACCGGGUGCCGGUGAUCCCCUACUCGGGCGGGUCGAGCUUGGAGGGCAACUUCUCGGCGCCGUUCGGCGGGAUCAGCGUGGACUUUGCGCACAUGGACAGACUGGUGCAGUUCAACAAGGCCGACAUGGAUGUGGUGGUGCAGCCGAGCCUCGGGUGGCAGGACCUCAACAAGCAGCUGGCUGAGCUGGACAGCGGGCUAUUCUUCCCGGUGGAUCCAGGACCGAGUGCCAAGAUCGGCGGCAUGGUGGGGACGAACUGCUCGGGGACGAAUGCGGUGCGAUACGGCACGAUGAAAGACUGGGUGGUGAACCUGACGGUGGUGCUGGCAGACGGGACAGUGAUCAAGACGCGCCGGCGGCCGCGCAAGUCGUCGGCCGGCUACAACCUGAACGGGCUCUUUGUCGGUUCGGAGGGCACGCUGGGUCUAGUGACAGAGGUGACGCUGAAGCUGGCAGUAGUGCCAGAGGAGCAGACGGUGGCAGUGGUGGCGUUCCCGACGAUGCGCGAUGCAGCCGCAGCCGCGGCCGAGGUGAUGCAGACAGGCGUCCCAGUAGCAGCCAUGGAGAUCAUGGACGAGGUGCAGAUGCGGGUGGUCAACCUGGGCGGCGCCACGGCGCCACGGCGCUGGCUGGAGCAGCCGACGCUCUUCUUUAAGCUCGCCGGGUCGCGGGCGAGCGUGCGUGACAAUGUGGCCCGCGUUCUGGCCAUCACGAGAGCCCAUGCCGGUGGCCACUUUGAGUUUGCGCGUGAUGCCCGCGAGCAGCAGCUGCUCUGGUCGGCGCGCAAGGAGUCGCUCUGGUCGAUGCUGGCGCUGCGCCGCGAUGGCGACCAGGUCUGGAGCACCGACGUGGCCGUGCCGCUCAGCCGUCUCGCCGACAUCAUCGACGUCAGCAAGCGCGAGAUGGAUGAUCUCGGCCUCUUUGCCAGCAUCCUCGGCCACAUCGGCGACGGCAACUUCCACGAGAGCAUCCUCUAUAGCCCGGCCCGUCCGGGCGAGCGCCAAAAGGUCGAGGCCUGCGUCGGAAACAUGGUUCGCCGCGCCCUCGACAUGGAUGGCACCUGCACCGGCGAGCAUUCCAUCGGCUGGGGCAAGAAGGACGCGCUGCUGCUGGAGCUCGGCCCCGCCACCGUCGACGUCAUGAAGGCCAUCAAGACCGCGCUGGACCCGCGCUGGAUCAUGUGGGUGUCCGUCUCACCCCUCUUCUCGCGGCUGAUGCUGACUGUCCAGGAAUCCCGGGAAGAUAUUCGAUCGGUGAAGGGGCUGUUCCAAUGGAGGUUGAUCACUCUACUUCAUGGGAAGAAGCUAAUGUGGGUUCUCAGUCACUUUUCUGUCAAUAUGGCUGCUCUCUACGGAGACGAUCUCCGCCGCAUGCCCCCCGGCGCCGCCUACGAAAAUACUAGAAACCCAAGCAGCAAUGGUGAUUCUCCUGCACAGGUUCCAGCUGGAGCCAAAAACAAGCCGGCUCGACGAGUACCCUGGCAGAAACAGGGAUAUACAUCUAUGGUCAUCAUGCUUCACCGGGUGCCGUCCGAAGCCACCACACUCGACAUCUACAACUCCAUGCUGCCCCUGGCUGUCCUCUCGAUCGACAUCAUGGAAAGCAACAGGGGAGAACGUACUGGCUCGGUCCGUGUACGUGUAGUACCCCCCCCUUUCGAUUACUGGUACGACCAUUCCUGGCAUCUUCAACUGGCUGGACCACCACCGAGCGAAACAGACGUUUACGCCUCUGUAGACAGAAGCGGUUUUCGGGGCGCUUUGAGCGAGCGCAUCCAGACUCCGUUGCGCCACUGGGUUCAACCGCAAACAGACUUUAGGGUGGCUCUCCUGAGCCAGGGGUUCAUGCACCAGAGGCGUGCCAUGAUGGUCAUGGACGAGGUUUACGACAGUCCAAACCUUGGGCGCAAUCACCCUAGGGAUGUCAGCAUCAGCCUCACUGUUGACUUCGCCCGUCGUGAGCUGUGCAUAUUCGUGAAACGCCACCUUCAAGAGACUUGGGAAAAUGGAGGGACUUCGCCGAUGGCCGGCUCAGCUCGUCGCAGGCCCGUCCAUUACCGCAUCAACAUCCGGUUUUCCUGGAUCAAGACCGUGUGGCAACAGCAUCUGCCUGGUGGGAGAAUCUGCAUCAUGAUCGCGCUCACGUCCCCACCUGAAUACUGGCACAGGGCAAGGGACCUAUCAAAGACUCAUGGAACUGACCGCCUCAGCUGGAGCGGCAUAGAGCAAUGGGUCCGUAUGGCAUACCUGACCAUGGACCAGAGAACUGUCCGCGAUGGCGCCAUUUCGCUACGUGGUGAGUUUCCCAAAGGGGCCGCUGUUGACCUCGGCCGCUGGACUACUUUUCGUCUGGGCUUGAAUCAGGUGAGUGUCAGCGAGUGGAACACCAUUUCUCGGUCCCUGAAGGACUACGACAUCCGUGUCAGCGCCUGUCCCGAGUUUCGGUUCCUUUCACGCGACGAUCGAAGCAUGUGGGAUUGUCUCGAGACCAGUCUCUUGGGAAUAUCGCCAGCAACUGUCCCGUCCAGUAAUACGCAUCACCUGUCGCGUCAGCUUUCUUUCGAGGUAUCCUACCAACUUGAAGUGUGUAUAUCGCGUGGCAUCCUCCAGGAGCACUCCCUGGACGUGGUUUUUCUUGAGAGCCUGGCUGCCCUGUCUCCUGAUCGCGCCUGUCGCGUCCUUGAAUACGUGGCAGAGCGUGACAAACGGAUCUACCAACCCCACAACAUCUUUCGAGACCCCAAAGCUGCUUCGUACUGGCGCAAAACCCCGCCUGAGGCCACUCUUGACAAAGACCGAGCAGUUUACAUUCGCAAGGCAAUUGUCACACCAACCACCAUCGUCUUUUCAACACCGGCUUUGGAGGCUGGCAAUCGUGUGCUCCGCCACUACAGAGAGCACCACGACCGUUUCUUGCGAGUCCAAUUCACAGAUGAAUUGCACAUUGGCAGGUUGAGCGGUGGCCCGGAUACGACGCGAACGGACGAGUGUUUCACGCGGGCCUUUCGAGCUCUGAAAAACGGUAUCCGCGUUGGAGGACGCCAUUUCAAGUUCCUGGCCUUUGGGAACUCGCAGCUCCGUGAAAAUGGCGCAUAUUUCUUUGCCCCUACGGAACUGGUAACCUGUCAAGACGUCCGUGAUUGGAUGGGAGACUUCAGCAACAUCAAAACUGUGGCCAAGUAUGCUGCCCGUUUGGGCCAGUGCCUCUCGACGACAAGGCCGGUCCCAACAUUUGGUGUUCCUACCACGGUGCAGCACAUUCCCGACGUCGAAGGCGGCGGUUUCUGCUUUACCGAUGGCGUCGGCAAGAUCUCUAAAUGGUGGGCUCGCGUCAUCGCCUCCCACCUACGUGUGUCCGAAGUGCCCUCUGCCUUUCAAUUUCGCAUGGGCGGCUGCAAGGGCGUUCUGGUUGUCUGGCCCGACGUGCCGUCUGGUCAAGUGGUGCAAGUCCGCCCGUCUCAAGAAAAGUUCCCCACGUCAGACAAGGCAAAUGUACUCGAAAUCGUGCGUUGCUCCGAAACGGCGACUGCGACUCUCAAUCAGCAGACAAUCCUCCUGCUUACGUGCUUGGGCAUCCCUACAUCCGUGUUUCUCGAACUCCUCAAUGAAGAACUCACAGGGAUCGACGCGGUCAUGAAAGAUGCACGCAAGGCUGUAGACCAGCUGAUGGUGCGUGUGGAUCAGAACCAUACGACGCAUGCCUUAGCUGAUAUGGUCAAGGCUGGCUUCAUGGAUUCAGAUGAACCGUUUGUCUGGGCUCUGCUGCAGCUAUGGCGUUCCUGGACACUCAAGGCACUGAAAGAAAAGGCACGCAUAACGGUUGAGAGGAGCGCAUUUGUCCUUGGAUGUGUCGACGAGACGGAUACGUUGCGGGGACAUACCAACGAGCCAGAGCGGCCGACGAAUGAAGACACUCGGGACAAGAUUGACGACAAGGAGAACAAAAUCGCCCGGCUUCCACAAAUUUUCUUGCAGGUGCCGGAUCUUGACGCCGUCACCGCUGGUCAAGUACGCAGUAGCAUUGACCAAGAUGCUGGCCACGGAAAGUACAAGGUCAUCGUUGGCCUCUGCCUUGUGGGGAGAAAUCCUUCGCUACAUCCGGGAGAUCUGCGGGUGGUGGAGGCUGUCGAUGUGCCGGCAUUGCACCACCUGCGCGACGUUGUGGUGUUUCCGCGUGUAGGCGACCGAGAUAUCCCAGGAAUGUGUUCAGGAGGUGACCUAGAUGGCGACGACUACUUUGUUUUCUGGGAUAAACGUCUCCUUCCACCGCAUCGGGUUUGGAACUACGAGGCUAUGAAUUACGAGGCCUCACGCGAGCCUGAUGUCGACCGUGUCACCCUGAGACACCUCAUUUCCUUUUUUGUUCAGCACAUGAAGCACGACACGUUGCCUCGCAUCGCACUGUCUCACCGGGGCUUCGCUGACCAGCUCGACGGCGGUGCCAUGCACCCGCGAUGCCUUGAACUGGCUCAACUGCACUCGCAAGCGGUGGAUUACGCCAAAACCGGGAUUCCAGCACUUUUGCCACACCGACUCAACCCCAAGCAGUGGCCACACUGGAUGAACCGGAUCCAAAAGCACACUUACAGAUCGCCUACAGCCCUGGGCAAGAUCUACGACCGUGUCAAGGUGGACAGUUUUGAGCCUGCCUAUGACAAGCCGUUUGAUGUGCGGAUCUUGCACCAUUAUCCCGAUCUUGACAUCGACCUCCUUCGCCGCGCCAGACGCAUCAAGACACAGUAUGACCUUGCCCUUCGCCGAGCCAUGGCUCAGAAAGAGAUCGGAAGUGAGUUCGAGAUGUGGACGGGAUUCUCGAUUCACCGGCCGCGGGUCGGUUCGGAUUACAAGGCCUCAGAGGAUAUUGGCCGCAUCUUCAAGGUCAUCAUGAGCCGAUUCCGACGCCUGUGUGUGCGGGAAGCUGGAGACGAGCGAGACAUCACAAGGCUGGGGCCGUUUAUCGCAGCAAUGUACAAGGUCACGCAGGAAGAGGUGCGCAUUGCCUUGCACGAAUUUGAGCAAUCUCGCAUUCGGGCUCGAAGCAGGGGCUUGCACAGUCCAGGGCAACUGCUGCGCACUCGGCUGAGCCAGAAAAGUGCACCGCUAAUAAGCUUCCCCUGGUUGUUUCCUCAUGAACUAGCCUCGAUUUCGAAAGCGUUUGAGAUGACCCAAGACGGCCAAGCCAGCAAGGAAAGGAUUCCUCUGGAUGGAAAUGCCCCCCGACAAGAGCCAGAAGGUUCGGAGGCCUCUCCGAAAGAGCCCCCUUCUGCACUUCUCAGUCCGACAGAAGCCGCUGAGAUGGAAUACGGCAUGCAAAACGGAGUGCCGACUCAUCACGGCGUUCCUCUUGAUAUCACUGCCUACGAUGCCUCGCACGAGGACGAGGAAGACAUUGGCCAGGAAGAAGACCUCUACGAGCCCAUGUGGACUUUGCCACCAGGCAAGUCGGAGGGGGAUAUCGUGAUCGGGCUUGCCGCUCCAGCAGCCGAGUCUGACGGCAUGCAGAAGGAUGACGCCUACGACGACGAUGACUAUAACAACCUCAACCUGCGGGUAGGUGGAUCUGCCGCCAGGGAGAAAGAGGAGCCCGGAUGCAGUGCCGUGGUUCAGCCUUCUUUCCCUUGGGCAGAAAUGGACGAUGACAUUAUUUCGACUACGAGCGAGGAGAGCAUCGGGGAGGACGAUGACAGGGAAAUCCAUCAGACGACUAAAAAAGAAGUUCGCUUGACAGAAAAGCAGAUGGCGGGCCUGAGGUUCUCGGAAGACGUGCAGGUAGUGGAGGACGAGCAGGAUAUCUUCACCGACCUCGACAGGCUCUACGGGGAAAGCGGGAGGAUCAUGCAGGAGGCGGCGGGAGACAGCCGUGCUGAGAAAGAGGAGCCGGUCACUACGAAGCGCCCGAGAAGUGCUGUUGGAAGGGCGCAAGGCCUAUCGAGCGAGGGAGAUGCAGCUGCCGAAAAGGUGCUUGGACCAGGCUCCUUCGGUCCACCGGCGUCGAGUAAUGUCGAUGUUCUCCAGUCCCUGUUUGCCAGCGAGGACAAUUGA